AAUGAUUCCGUGGACGACAAUAUGUACCUGAAUGCAGCAGGUAUCGACGACGACAUUAAUGGAUUGAUGAAUUGCCAUCGGCUAGAUGAUAUAUCAGUAGUAGACGAUUGCAGGUCUCGUGGUGCCGAAGCAAGAAUACCUGAACGACGUCAUGGGAGAAGACAGUAAUCACGUAAUUGACCACCAGCUGCCCAACGACACCGACGUGAACGUCACCUCGAUUUGCGAAGGAGACGAAGUAACUAAUCACGACGAUAGUGAUGAAUUCAAACCACACAUGAAUGCACUGAACGCCAAUGGUCCAGAAAGUGGAGAACUGGAUGGUCCUGAAGGCGGAGAAAUGGAAGAUCUGCAAAAGGAUGGCGAUGGAAGCAACGGAAACGACGGUGAAGUGGACGAUGAGGAGAACGAAAACGAAGAAGAGGAUGAAGAUGAAGACGAGGACUCCAACCAGCUAAGCGGCAUGCACUGUGCGACAAUUGUACGUGAGCAGUUCUUUGGACGGAGGUACCGCAGAUGAAGACGAACAGCAGCAAGAGACCAUGUGCCAGAUAUGU